AUGAGUAAAGACCAAUUUGUUGUAUUACCUGGUCCAAAGGCUUUAUCUGCCUUCAGAGUUAACAAUUUGGUUCAGGAAAUUGAACUGAAGUUACAAGCUCCUGGUUUGGUUAAGGAAGUCGCUUCAUCUUAUACCCAUUACAUUUCAGCAAAGGAAACUCUUUCUCAAUCCCAGUUGGAAUUGGUUAAGGUUUUGUUAACUUAUGAUAGUCCUGUUGAUGCCAAUGAUGAAUUUACUUCUCAGUUGAUCAAGUUAUCUGUGAUCACUUCCAAUGAAUCUGGUGCCAUUGAAUUACCAAACGACACUUAUUUAAUCAGAAUCUUACCUCGUUCUGGUACCAUUUCUCCAUGGUCCUCCAAGGCAACUGACAUUGCUACCAUUUGUGGGUUGGUCGAUUAUAUUGAACGGGUUGAAAGAGGAUUGUCUUUAUUGGUCAGAGUUGAACCAGGUUUCCCCUUAUUGGAAAAGUUAAGGUCUGGUGAAUGUUUAACCAGUGUCUUUGACAGAAUGACUCAAGAAUUAUACUUGAAUGAAAAGGUUCCUCAAUACAAUGAUUUGUUUGAACACCAUUCUCCUAAGCCUUUGGUCACCGUUGACAUCAUCUCAAACAAGGAUAACUUGAUCCAAGCCAAUAAGGAUUUGGGUCUUGCUUUGGACAAGGGUGAAAUCGAUUAUUUGAUAAAAGCCUUUGGCCAAAUCAUUGGUAGAAACCCAACUGAUGUCGAAUUGUUUAUGUUUGCUCAAGUUAACUCUGAACAUUGUCGUCAUAAAAUCUUCAACGCUGAUUGGACCAUUGAUGGUGAAGAAAAGGAAUUGUCCUUGUUCAAAAUGAUUAGAAAUACCCAUAAUAAGAACCCUCAAUACACUAUUAGUGCUUAUUCUGAUAAUGCUGCAGUUUUUGAAGGUUCUGAAGGUUAUCUUUUCACUCCUGAAUUGACUUCCCAUCAAUGGAUUGCCAUCAAGGAACAAGUUCAAACUUUGAUUAAGGUUGAAACCCAUAACCAUCCUACUGCUGUUUCUCCAUUUGCAGGUGCAGCCACAGGGUCUGGUGGUGAAAUCAGAGAUGAAGGUGCUGUUGGUAGAGGUUCUAAAUCCAAAGCUGGUUUAUCCGGUUUCUCUGUGGCUGAUUUGAAUAUUCCUGACUUGAAGCAGCCUUGGGAAAGAGAUGUUGGUAAGCCAAAUCAUAUUGCUUCCUCCUUGGAUAUCAUGAUUGAAGCUCCAAUUGGUUCAGCUGCCUUCAACAAUGAAUUUGGUAGACCUGCUAUUAACGGUUACUUUAGAACUUUGACCACUGAAGUCAUCAAUAGCGAAGGUAAAACAGAACUUAGAGGUUUCCAUAAGCCAAUUAUGCUUGCUGGUGGGUUGGGUGCCAUUAGACCAGGUUUAGCUUUAAAGAACAAGAAAAUCACCCCCGGGGCUAACUUGAUUGUCUUGGGUGGUCAAUCUAUGUUGAUUGGUUUAGGUGGUGGUGCUGCUUCUUCUGUUCAAUCUGGUGAAGGGUCUGCUGCUUUAGAUUUUGCUUCAGUUCAAAGAGGUAACCCAGAAAUCCAAAGACGUGCUCAACAAGUUAUUGAUGCUUGUGUAGCUCUUGGUGUCGAACACAACCCAAUUCAAUCUAUCCAUGAUGUUGGUGCUGGUGGGUUAUCAAAUGCAUUGCCUGAAUUAGUUCAUGACAACGACUUAGGUGCCAGAUUUGAAUUAAGAAAUAUCUUAUCUUUAGAACCUGGUAUGUCCCCCAUGGAAGUUUGGUGUAACGAAUCUCAAGAAAGAUAUGUUCUUGGUGUUGCUCCUGAAGAUUUGGAUAUCUUUGUUAAAAUUUGUGAACGUGAAAGAGCUCCAUUUGCUGUUGUUGGUCAUGCUACUGAAGAACAACGUUUAGUGUUGACUGAUUCUCUCUUGAAGACUACUCCAAUUGAUUUGGAAAUGUCUGUUUUGUUUGGCAAACCACCAAAAAUGUCUAGAGAAGCCAUCACUCAAGACUUACAAUUGCCAGCUUUCCCAACAUCAAACUUGGCUGUUUCAGAUGCCAUUCAAAGAGUCUUGCAAUUACCUUCAGUUGGUUCCAAAAACUUUUUGAUCACCAUUGGUGACAGAUUCGUCACUGGGUUGGUUGAUAGAGAUCAAAUGAUUGGUCCAUGGCAGGUACCUGUUGCCGAUGUUGCUGUCACAGCCACAUCUUCAGGUCCUGAGAUUUUGACUACUGGUGAAGCCUUUGCUAUGGGUGAAAAGCCAACUUUGGCUUUGAUUUCUGCUGCCGCUUCCGCUAAGAUGUGUGUUGCUGAAUCAUUGUUGAAUGCUUUCGCUGCCGAUAUUCCAGCUUUAGACAGAGUCAAGCUAUCUGCCAAUUGGAUGAGUGCUGCUUCUCAUCCUGGUGAAGGUGCCAAGUUGUAUGAAGCUGUUAAAGCAAUUGGUUUGGACUUGUGUCCAGAUUUGGGAAUCGCCAUUCCUGUCGGUAAGGAUUCCAUGUCCAUGAAGAUGAAAUGGGAUGACAAGGAAGUUACUGCACCAUUAUCUUUGGUCAUUACAGCUUUUGCUCCAGUUUCUAAUACCUCCAAUACCUGGACUCCUUACUUGCAAACAACCACCACUGAUGAAGAUACCGUUUUGGUAUUAGUUGAUCUCGCUGCAAAAGUUCCACAAAAGGCCUUGGGUGGUUCUGCUUUGGCCCAGGUGUAUGGUGCUGUUGGUGACAGUGCUCCUACUGUUCAUGACAACCAAGUUCUUAAGUCAUUCUUAGAAACUUUGAUUGAAUUACACACAAGUGACUUUGAUGUGUUGGCCUACCAUGACAGAUCUGAUGGUGGUCUCUUUGCUACCAUUGCUGAAAUGGCUUUCGCUUCCAGAACUGGUGUUGAAAUUAAGGUUUCUGAUGAAGACUUGAUCUCAGGAUUAUUCAAUGAAGAAUUGGGUGCUGUUUUCCAAAUCAAAUCAAAGGACGUUGAUCAAUUUGUUGACAUAUUCAGCAAGCACAAUAUUUCUGCUGAUUUUAUUUCUGUUGUUUGUAAGCCAAUUGUUGGUUCUCAAGCUGUGACCAUCUCUCAUAAGGGUAGCACUGUUUACGAAAGCACCAGAGGUGAGUUACAACAAUUAUGGGCCAAGACCUCUUACCACAUGCAAAAGUUGAGAGACAAUCCAAUUACCUCUCAAGAAGAAUUCAAUGCCAUCUUAGAUGACAAAGAUCCUGGUUUGUCUUACCAAUUGACAUACAAUGUUGGUGAUGAUUUAGGAAUCUCCAAAUUGUCAGCCAAACCUAAAGUUGCUAUCUUAAGAGAACAAGGUGUUAACUCUCAACAAGAAAUGGCUUUCUCCUUCCAACAAGCCGGAUUCGAUGUCUAUGAUGUUCAUAUGUCUGACAUUUUAUCGGGUCGUAUUACUUUAGAUUCAUUUGUUGGUAUUGCUGCCUGUGGUGGGUUUUCAUAUGGUGAUGUUUUGGGUGCUGGUGCUGGUUGGGCCAAAUCUGUGAUGUUCAAUGAAAGAGCUAGGAAUGAAUUCACCAAGUUUUUCCAGGAACGAGAUGAUACAUUUGCCUUUGGUGCCUGCAACGGUUGUCAAUUCUUGAGUCGUAUUCGUGAGUUGAUUCCAGGUACUGAGAACUGGCCAACAUUUGAACGUAACAUAAGUGAACAAUAUGAAGCACGUUUUGUUAUGGUUGAAGUAGUUGAUGAAGGUGACAACAGUAUAUUUUUGCAGGGAAUGAAGGGAUCCAAGUUACCUAUCGUUGUUGCACAUGGUGAGGGUCGUGCCUCUUUUGCUGAUGAUAAGAAGAGCAAGUUCGACACUGACAAACAAACCGUUGUUAGAUAUGUUGACAACUAUGGUAACACAGCUACCCUGUACCCCUUCAAUCCUAAUGGAUCUCCUGAUGGUAUUGCUGGUAUUUCCAAUGCCAGUGGUAGGGUUAUGGCUAUUAUGCCUCAUCCUGAAAGAGUAACCAGAAAGGAAUCCAACUCUUAUUACCCCGUUGACCAAGGUGCUUCUUGGGGAGGGUAUGGUCCUUGGAUCAGAUUAUUUAGAAACGCUAGAAAGUGGGUUGAAGAACAGCAAAAGUAA